AAUCAUCCAAUCAGGCACGCAGCUGGAGCGGACAGCACAGCUUCCGGGAUUUGGCGGGGCCUUUGUCUCUCGCUGCAGCCGGCGCUUCACGUCUAGUCUUCACCGCUCUGCGUCCUCUGCUGAUAAAGGCUUGCCUCUGUGACCCUGUUACCUGCAAGAACUUGGAGGUUCACAGCUAAGACGCCAGGACCCCCUGGAAGCCUAGAAAUGGGACCGCUGACAUUUAGGGAUGUGAAAAUAGAAUUCUCUCUAGAAGAAUGGCAAUGCCUGGACACUGCGCAGCGGAAUUUAUAUAGAGAUGUGAUGUUAGAGAACUACAGAAACCUGGUCUUCCUUGGCAUUGCUGUCUCUAAGCCAGACCUGAUCACCUGGCUGGAGCAAGGAAAAGAGCCCUGGAAUAUGAAGAGACAUGAGAUGGUAGACAAAACCCCAGUUAUAUGUUCUCAUUUUGCCCAAGAUGAUUGGCCAGAGCAGAGCAUAAAAGAUUCUUUCCAAAAAGUGAUACUGAGAACAUACGGAAAAUAUGGACAUGAGAAUUUACAGCUAAGAAAAGACCAUAAAAGUGUGGAUGCAUGUAAGGUGUACAAAGGAGGUUAUAAUGGGCUUAACCAAUGUUUGACAACUACUGACAACAAAAUAUUUCAGUGUGAUAAAUAUGUGAAAGUCUUUCAUAAAUUUCCAAAUGUAAAUAGAAAUAAGAUGAGACAUACUGGGAAGAAACCUUUCAAAUGUAAAAACCAUGGCAAAUCAUUUUGCAUGCUUUCACAAUUAACUCAACGUAAGAAAAUUCAUGCUAGAGAGUAUUCUUACAAAUGUGAAGAAUGUGGUAAAGCCUUUAACUGGUCCUCAACACUUACUAAACAUAAGAUAAUUCAUACUGGAGAGAAACCCUACAAAUGUGAAGAAUGUGGCAAAGCUUUUAACCGGUCCUCAAAUCUUACUAAACAUAAAAUAAUUCAUACUGGAGAGAAACCCUACAAAUGUGAAGAAUGUGGCAAAGCUUUUAACCGGUCCUCAACCCUUACUAAACAUAAAAGAAUUCAUACAGAAGAGAAACCCUACAAAUGUGAAGAAUGUGGCAAGGCCUUUAACCAGUUCUCGAUUCUUAAUAAACAUAAGAUAAUUCAUACUGGGGAAAAACCGUAUAAAUGUGAAGAAUGUGGCAAAGCCUUUAACCAGUUCUCAAACCUUACUAAACAUAAGAUAAUUCAUACUGGAGAGAAACCCUACAAAUGUGAUGAAUGUGGCAAAGCCUUUAACCAGUCCUCAACCCUUACUAAACAUAAAAGAAUUCAUACGGGAGAAAAACCCUACAAAUGUGAAGAAUGUGGCAAAGCUUUUAAACAGUCCUCAACCCUUACUGAACAUAAGAUAAUUCAUACUGGAGAGAAACCGUACAAAUGUGAAGAAUGUGGCAAGGCCUUUAGCUGGUCCUCAGCUUUUACUAAACAUAAGAGAAAUCAUAUGGAAGAUAAACCAUACAAAUGUGAAGAAUGUGGCAAAGCCUUUAGUGUAUUCUCAACCCUUACUAAACAUAAAAUAAUUCAUACUAGAGAAAAACUCUACAAAUGUGAAGAAUGUGGCAAAGCCUUUAACCAGUCCUCAAUUUUUACUAAACAUAAGAUAAUUCACACUGAAGGGAAAUCCUACAAAUGUGAAAAAUGUGGCAGUGCUUUUAACCAGUCCUCAAACCUUACUGCACAUAAGAUAAUUUAUACUGGAGAGAAACCCUACAAAUAUGAAGAAUGUGACAAAGCCUUUAACAACUUCUCAACCCUUAUUACACAUCAGAUAAUUUAUACUGGAGAGAAACCCUGCAAACAUGAAUGUGGCAGAGCUUUUAACAAAUCCUCAAAUUGUACUAGAGACAAACUACAAACCUGAAAGAUGUGACAAAGAUUUUCACUACACCUCAAACUUUUCUAAACAUAAACCAUAUUGGUGCCCUAGAAAUGUGAGGAAUGUGACAAAGCCUUUAAAUGGUUGUCACACUUGACUGUAGGUAAGAUAAUUUAUACUGGAGAAAAAUCCUCCAAGUGUGAAGAAUGUGGCAAACUUUUAACCAAUCCUCACACCUUAUUGCGCAGGAAAGCAUUUAUACUUGAGAAAAAUUGUAUAAAGAAUAUGGAAAAGCCACUUAUAUCUGCUCACAUGUUAAAACAUCAGAGAGUUCAUAGUUAAUAAAAUGCAAUUACUGUCAAAAGAUCUUUCAGAAAAUAUAAGCCUUUAAUACGAGGAAGAGUAUUCUUAAGAGGAACAUUACAAAUAGAGGGUUUCGUACCUUUAGUUUUAUGGUAGAUCUUAUUGUACACAUUUUGUACCAGAGGAAAACCCUAAAGCAUUAGUUGCUCAAACUUUGUUCAACAUCAAGGAAUUUAUAUUGGAGAAAAACCCUGCAAAUGUAAUAAAUAUGGAAAAACAUUUUUUCAAAAACUGCAGCCUGGAAAACAUUGGAGAGUUCAUACUAAAAUAUAUUUUUGCAGAUGCAGUAAAUAUGAAAAAUAUUUAAUCCAAAAUUAAGUCUAUGUAAAUAUCAGAAUUCACAGUAGAAAUCGUAAGGCAUAAGGCACUGACACUUCAGACAUUACACUAAAUUAGAGUGUUGACUAUAGGAAAUCUAAAACUAAAAUUGUUAGGUAAGUUAUUUAUAUAUAACUUUAAAAGAAGUAGAAGAUCUUUUGGAGACUUAUAACAUUCAAAGUAUACUUUUUUCUUGAAAAAAAUUAGAGAUUUUUUGAAAAGCAAUUAAUGAUGAUUACAUUUAACUCUCAAAUUCAUGUUUUUCUUCAUUCCUGUUGUAUUCACAUCUGAAAGCAAGUGAUCAGUUGUUGCUGAAUCAGAGGUAUGAGAGAUUCUUUUUUAAAGGUGGGCAUUAUUUAUGCCCCUUUCUGUGGAAGAGUAAGAAAAUUAAAAUAUAAGAUGCAUGAGGAAAAUGUAGAGAUGCUCUUUGUGAUUAACUUAGAAUAUUAAGUGCUACUUGAGGUACAUGUUCAGACUAACAUUCUUUUGCAGUAUAGUGAGAAAAAACAUUUUGUAUUAAAAUUAAUGUAUCAUUUUGUUGAUUGUGCUUUUAUGUAAUAAAAUGCAGUACUUUAAAAAA